AUGAGGGCUUCAUGCUCGACUAUACCAUCACUCUUUGCGCCAUCUUCUUUAGCAUCUUUUGUAGCCCACGUCGAAACCCACAACCUCUCGCAAUCGCUUCUACGCUCUCGGUUAUCUCUGGCCAAUGGCUUGCGCACCUUUUCCGCCUCCACCAACUUUUCGGCACGGAAUCGCUUCAUCCCAAAACCGUCUCCUGCUGUGCAGAAAACUGGUCGUGCUGCUGCUCAGGACGACCAAAGAUCCGCCCGUCGACGUAGGGAUCAUCCCACUUGGAGAGACUACGACCCAGCAAUCGGUGUUCCACUGCCCUCAGGAGAACUCGAUCAGGCUACCAUCUCAGCAAUCUUUGGCCCCCACAUGCAUUGCGAAGAUGGAAACCAUAUACUACGGUUGAUGCAUUAUCGCAGACUCUCAGGCAGUCUCAUUGAUGUGGGUAUCGACUUUCCGAGAGAGUCUGCCAUCUCCCCGGACAUGGCUACUAAAGCAUUGGAAUACGUCCGAUCCUUGGAUCCCGCCUUUGAUGAAAACGAAACUGGUGCUGCUUGGGCAGAAUCAGAGAUCUUGAGAGUGGAACAACAGUACAUGGCUCGCGCUGAGAAGCUAGGUAUCUACAAGCGUACCGACGAUAGCCAGCCAGACGAAUCACAGCCAUCUGCCGACAUCUAUGGAGAGAGUGCUCUAGAUAAACUCAGAAAAGCAAAUAAAGCAAGAUGGAUGGAAGAAGAUCGAAAAAAGGACGAAGCAAAGAAACAGCAAGAAGUCGAACGAGUUGCUGCUCUCAAGGCCGAGGCCAAGGACAACAAUUCCGGAGUCGAGGAGAAAGAGGACUUGGGGAAGAUAUUUAGUCCAUUUGACGAGAUUGCCCUUGCGCAACCUACCCAGAAGGCAUGGCUAGAGCCUGUUGAGCGCAAGUCAUGGGUCAAAUAUUACGAAGAACAAGCAACCAUCAUCAAGGACAACAAGAUUCCGAAUCUCUCUACACUUCGCCGACUGGGACCUUCUGCUGUGGUUCUUCUGGCCGUUCUUGCUGGCUGUUGGAUGCUUGAUGAGACGUACAAUCCCCCUCCACGAUCAGCGAGGAUGUUCCCCGAUGUACCACCUGCUAUCGCUACACUCGGAGCCAUCACCGCUAUCAAUCUUGCUGUAUUCGUUGCCUGGAGAAUCCCCCCACUCUGGAGAACCAUGAACAAGACUUUCCAGGUCACUGCUGCAUAUCCCUUCGCCAUCGGAACCCUCGGUGCGCAAUUCAGUCAUCAGAGCUUCCGUCACCUGUUUGCCAACAUGGUCAUGUUGUGGCCUUUUGGUUGGAUCCUCCAUGACGAUGUCGGAAGAGGCACCUUCCUAGCGGUAUACCUCACUUGUGGCACUGUGGGCACUUAUGGCUCCUUGGUCUUCAACGUACUUGCCAAGCGCUGGAUGAAUUACAGCUUCGGCUCGUCUACCGCCGUCAUUGGCACCAUGGCUGCAGCCUGUCUGGUCAGAGCAAACAACAAUGUGACAGUGCUCGGCUACGAGAUUCCAGAUGUGACUGGCCUAACGGUCCUGGGUAUCAUCGCUGGAUUUGAAAUCCUGAGAGCCUGGCGCGGCAAAAACACGAGGACUGACUACGCAGGUCAUCUUUCGGGGCUUGCAGCAGGCGUAUUCGCGGGAUUCUACGUGCGCUACAAAACUGCUGCCACUUCCAUGACUCGUAAAGAGUUUACACCUGUGCAAUUGGACGAGUCCACCGACUAA